AUGACUUCGGAGAAUCUCCACUGCUUCCUUCGUUUCUCCCCUUCUUCCCCUUCUGCCACUGCAUUUCCCCCUGCCGCCCUUCCCCCUUCCCCACCUCCCCCUCCUCCCCGCCCCUCCCAUCCCCAACCACCUCCCCUCCCCGCGCCCCCUUUUCUCCACUCAUCAGCCGCAAUCACCCCAGCGCACGCAAUUCAAGUCGACAUGGCGAAAACCAAGUUACCACUAUCUCCGUGGGAGCAGGCUCGCGAGGCGAUCAACCUCGCGAAAUCCAAGCUACCCAAGUUACCACUAUCGUCGCCGUACGAGCGCGAGUGGGCGAAAUAUCGCCAGCGCGACGGGCUGCUUUCGCUGGACUAUGUGAAAUCGCUGCAGGCGAGGACGAACGCAGCCAAAAAGAAGAGCGGCAGCAGCGACGUCUUCAAAGUCGUUUUCGUAAUGUUCCCCCACGCCCAUGCCCCCCGCCCAGGAGAGAAACCUCAUCAUCAACCCCAUGGACCAGGGCACCACCGCCUGGCAGGGCUUCUUGUUCCAACACGCCCACGCCCCCUGCCCAAGAGGUGUUCCAACACGCCCACGCCCCCCGCCCAGGAAGGCAAUCUCUUCACCAACCCCAGCAUAGGGAACGGCACCACUGGCUGGCAGGGCUUUGGGUACGCGCCGAUCAAAGCCGUGGUCAACGCUACAGCGCCCACGCCGUACUCGUACCUGGUGGCGUACAACCGCUCGUACACGUAUGCGGGGCCCAAGCAGAGCUUGCGGGACGUGCCUGCGGCGGCUUAUGAGCUGGCGAUCUGGGUGAAGCUGGAUGCGGGUGACCGGCAGUAUGUGACUGCGUCUGCUAAGAUCAAUAACAAGUAUCUGUGCAUUGGAGGGGCGAACGCUCGGUCCACGUGCUGGACGAAAAUAACAGGGGGAUUUACCCUGCACGAGCCGGCUGCUGAGGUGGCAGUGUACGUGCAGGGCGCAGCAGUGGGGACGGAGAUUUGGGUGACGUCAGCAUCGCUUCUGAAAGUAGAUAUGAGCAUGUGGCGGAGCCGACAAAAUGAGAAUAUCAAGAAGUUCCGCAUGCGGCCUGUGCGGCUCUCCAUUCAAGGACUGGGCCUCAGCCUGGUGCCAGCGCGCGUGCAGAUUGACCAAGUCGCAUCGGACUUCCCCUUCGGUGCCAAUGUGAACGGCGCUAUUCUCUACGACACAGCGUAUCAAGAGUGGUUCCUAAACAGAUUCAACUGGGCAGUAUUCAACAACGAGGGCAAGUGGUAUUUCAACGAGAGGCGGGAGGGCGCAGAGGACUACAAUGUGACGGACGCGCUGGUUGAUUGGUUCACUCAGAGGAACGUGAGCGUGCGCGGUCACAACAUCUUCUGGGCUGUUGAGAAGUUCGUGCAGACGUGGGUCAAAAAUUUGAACGACACUGCCUUGUGGGCGGCAAUGCAAAGACGUAUGGCCAGUGCGGUCACCCGCUACCAGGGCAAGGUGCAGCACUGGGAUGUCAUCAACGAGCCUCUGCAUGGCAACUACUACGGGCAGCGCCUGGGCGAGGACAUACACUCGUGGAUGUUCAAGGCUGCCCAGGCGAUCGACCCCAACGUGCGGCUGUUUCUGAAUGACUACAACACGGUGGAGCAGUGCGACCGAGGGGCCAACCCAGAGGUGUACCUCGAGAAGGUGUGGAAUCUCAAUGCAACUGGGGCACCAGUCACAGGCAUAGGCGUGGAGGCUCACUACAGUGGAGAGCCGCAGCUGGUUCGCUUGAAGCACGAUCUGAAUCGCCUGGCAAUGGCCAAACUCCCCAUCUGGCUGACAGAGCUGGACUUCAGUGAGGUGGAAUCUGACGAACAACGAGCGGAUUAUCUGGAAGCGGUGAUGCGAGAGGCCUUCGCGCAUCCCUCGGUGGCGGGCAUGGUGCUGUGGUCGGCUGGGCGGGGCACGUGCGAGUUCUAUAAGGAUAUUGAUUCGGGCAUGUGCAACGCCUGUGAGGCUUGCCUGGCGGAUUCGAGCUUCACGGAUAACGAGGCGGGGAAAAGGUUCGUUCGCCUGCGCAAAGAAUGGAGCACCCACCUAAGCAGAGUGAUCUGGCUCGGCCGAACCAUGAAACUCAGCCCAUUUCCCAAACCAAGGUACCAGGCGCUAAGAGCAGAGUGGAGCACCCACUUGUCAAGGCGAUCCCGGCUGAACUCGCCCCUCUCCUUCACAGCGUUCCACGGCAGGUACCGGGUCCGAGUGUCCUUCAGGGGCCAGCAGGUGGAGCGGUUCUUUGAUGUGCGCAAGGGCGCUGGCAGGCUGAACGUUGCCACUCGGUACUGGGUGAGAGUGUCUUUCAGAGGCCAGCAGGUGGGGCGGUUCUUUGAUGUGUGCCCAAGGGUGCUGGCAGGCUGA